UCAUAACGACAAACCAGAAAAAAGUUUCUACUAUGUAGCAGGUGUUAGUUGUCAAUGUUGCUUAUGAUAACUUGCGCUAGCGUUUGAUAAAGGAUUGUUUAUUUUAAAAGGUUAUUUUGGGGCCUUUACAUAACUAGACUAAGGAGUGUGAAGCCUUCGUGAAACUGUCAUGUCAGUUUUGAAGCCUCCUGGUGCUGUAAUUUAUCCGGCUGCAGAACGCAACAAACCUCACAUUCUUGAAUGCCUGAAGAAGUAUGUCAAAGGUAGACAAGGAGAGGGAAGUACACUCAGUCUGGUGGAGGUGGGAGCCGGCACAGGACAACAUGCUGCGCACUUUGCCCCCGAAUUCCCUCACGUCAUCUAUCAGCCCACUGAGUUUGAACCCAAGCUCAUUGAGAGCAUUAAUGCAUUCAGAGCACACUUGCAACUGCCCAACUUAAAAGAUGCAGCUGUCUUGGACGUAACUCAACCUGCGGACACUUGGUUGAAUGGCUCCCUUUCCUCAAACUCUCUGGACUAUGUCCUCAGCAUUAACAUGGUGCAUAUUUCACCAUGGGUCUGCACAAAAGGAUUAUUUGAGGGAGCUUCAUAUCUUCUAAAGCCAAAUGGAUACUUGUUCAUGUAUGGGCCCUUUGCUGUGGACGGCAACAUUACACCGGAGAGCAACGUAAACUUUGACCGUUCAUUGCGUACACAGAAUGCUGAAUGGGGACUGCGGGAUAUCACGAGACAGUUGGUACCCCUGGCAGCCCGUCUCGGCCUCAAGCUGGCCAACACACAUGAUCUGCCGGCCAACAAUAAGUUCCUGGCGUGGCUGAAACAUAAUGAAGACUAAUGUUACAAGUGUUAGAGUUAUAGUCUACCAAAUCUGCAAAUUGUUUUAAAACUCAUUCUUUUAUAUUAAUAAUUUUUAAAUAUGUUACAUUGUAAAAAAUCCUUUAUCCUGAAUAUAAUACUCAAAAACUUGUAAAUUACAAACAGGUUUUAUUAAUGGCGGUUUAAAAUUCACUAUAUGCAAUAUUAAAUUUUAUGUAUUUAUUAAACAUAACAGUAUUUACUGAAAAAAUACAUUCAUCUAGUCCCUUGACUAGAUUGGAUGAAAAAUAAAGCAAUGUAUGCACACUAUAUGAAAAUGGACUCCAUACUUAGAUUAGAGUACAGUAUAAUUGUUUACAUUUACUGCUGCCUUCAGAUAAUAAUUGUAACAGAUACUGAUGUAUAACAGCUUCAGAAGGAUCAACUGUGUUCCUAAGUUAUAACACAAAGUUGUGGUCACAAAAAUAAAUAACACGGAGAUGUAUAAAGUGCUAGGCUGUCAAUUAGAAAGCAUUUGAGGGAAAAACUAUCAUAUAACAGCAUUGUAGUAGUGUUUUCAACAAUACAGUAAAAAUGUUUCAAUUAUCCUUAUUACAUUUGAAGUUAUUGAGAAACAUUUUAACACUUUCAGAGUGCUGAACAAUAAAAUUCCCGAAGAAUGCAAUUCACAUAGUUGUACGUGAUUGAAAUUUUCAAUAGAAUUUAUUGAGUACAUUUUUUAUUGUAUAAUCCAUAUUGUACGUAUUUUGCUUACGUUGUAACAUAUAACGGGACAUUAAUCACACAAUUCAUUACUAGAAUGCACAUAAUUGAUUGAAUCAGCUUAUUAACAAAGCAGAAGCAAAAAUUCAAAAACACAUUUUAAAAAGUACUUUAAGUGAAUACAAAGUGAAGCAUAUUUUUACUUACCAUCAAUGGACAGUUGCUGUGAUUAAAGAUAUAUUGCAAAAUUAUUGUUAAUACUUUUGGUUUAGAUUGUUUGUAAUAAAGUAUGUGUAAACGACUUUUUGAUAAGAUAUAUACUGUGUUUAUACUAUAAAAAUCUAAUCACGUUUAAUAUUUAGGCUAUACUAUAUAUUUUUUAGCGAAUAAAACAUAAUAUGGUAUGGUGCCAAAAGUUAAAUUAAUUCUCAUAUUUUAAAAACAAUUUAUUAGGAAUAAUUUAUAAAACACAUAAUACAUAUAAUAUUGAUACAAUAUAGUUGAAUAGAAAUGAAUAACAGCAAAAUCCUCACUGAUGGUAGAUUGGGUAUUUUACAUUCCUGUGACUAUUUUAUAAUGAAAUUUUGUUGAACAUGUUAUUGCAUGACUGACAUUAUAUUGUCUAAAAUGUAAGACUAUAUAUUGUAAGUUUGUAAAUAAAAAUCAUGAUUGAAGAA